CAUGGGUCUGACCUCUAUCUCUCUGUUUUGAUUUUGUUCAUACUUGUCAUUCAAAUCACUCAUACUCAAAAUGCCUACCGAGAUACCUCCUGGUUUCUACGAUGACUCUUCCAAUCAACUGAUUGUCACUGCUGCUGUCUUUCUUGCGUUGAAUCAAACUGCCGUGAUUCUUCGAUUUAUAUCGCGACAACAGCAGAAGACGCCGUGGUACUGGGAUGACUUUCUCAUGGUGCUAGCAUGGCUAACAGUGACGGGCCUUUGCAUUGAUGGACUCCUUGCACCACGAUGGGGCGCUGGCCGUCGCAUCGCUUGGGUGAUGACGAACGAACCCGAACAGAUUCCCAACUUUGGCCGCAAUGCAUUCUAUGCAGUACCCAUUACCUUCACCAUCGCUUCUGUGCUACCUAAGAUCUCAGUCUUAGUACUCUACCUACGCAUCUUCAUCGACAAGUUCAGCCGUAUCGCUUGUUGGAUUCUCAUCGCUGCACUAGGCAUAGCAACCGUCAUCAACUGUUUCCUCGUCGGAUUCCAGUGCAACGGCCAGGAGUAUUCCUGGGAACUAACAAAGCCUGGCCGUCAUUGCCUCAACUUUCAAGCCCUCCUCAUCUGGGGCCCGUUCAUAAACAUUGUUACCGAUGUUGCGAUGCUCCUCCUCCCUAUCCCCGUGGUGCGCAAGCUACAAGUCUCAAACCACGUGCGUCUCGGUCUCUACGCGACCUUCCUCAUCGCCUCAGUGGGUCUCAUCACAUCCGUUAUCCGCUUUGCGCAGUUCUUCCUAAACGAGUACUCAUCCGACCCAACAUGGUAUGCCUCGCCCCUGAUCCUCUGGGUCAUUGUCGAGGCCAGCAUCUACCUCAUCUCGGCAUGUCUAUUGACGUACCGCCCGAUCCUGGCCAAGCUGGUGUACAGCAAGCAGAUGACGUCGGCGUACGAGUGGCUGCGCAGGACGACGAGCAACGUCUUGUCAUCGCGGAGUCGAAACUCGAUGGUGUUCGAUCAGACGACGCAUGCGACGGAGCGGGACUCGUCGGAGCCGAGUCUGCUGUCUAAGGGAAGUAGUGAUGGGACUAGGAGUUUUGAGAUGGACAGAGAUUUGCCAAGGAUGCCGGGGCAGAUUCAUGUCAGGCAUGAUGUGAGGGUCACUGCGCAGCAUAGUAGAGUGUGAUUUGGUGAAGGGCCUAUGAUCAUUACGCGGGUCUGACUGGAUGAAUGGAGUGGAGCGGGUGUCUUGAACGAUAUGUUGUCGUUGCAUCAUGACUAUAGCAUUAGCGAACACAAUAAAUGUAUAUACCAAAUCUACUG